UUCUAACUCCACAUCCACUAGUCGCCACCAUUUCCGAUACAGAAAAACCACACAGAGCAAAGGUAAGCCAAAAAUGGGUUCAAUGACAUUCUCACUUCAAGUUGUAUUGAUUUCCACUGGUGUAUUAUCACUAGCUUUGCUUUUUAAAGUUUCUGUUCCGUUGGUUGUCGAUUUCUCUGUGUAUCAAGCUCCUCUUAUAUGGAGCUCAUUGGCUUCGUGGCUUAAACCUCCUUAUCUCUACGUUAUACUUAACUGCAUCAUCAUAACCAUCGCUGCUUCUUCUCGGUUCCACCAUAGACAUGGCGAUAAAGAUCAGCAAGAGCAAAUACCUGCGCCGAAAAUAACGAUACGCGAGACGGAUCAGUUCCAUUACGAUAUGAAGGUUUCCGUACCGGAGAUUCGGUCCGCAUAUGAAGGUCAUGAAUCGACGGCUUCGGAGGUUGUGUAUGAGCUGAGGGAUGAGAAGGCUGGUGAAGCUGUUUUUGAAGAUAAGAAUGCUGUGAUGGUGAGCAGUUCUGUGGAGGUUGAGAGUAAGGAGGAUGAGGAUGACUUUGUAAUCUCGAAGUCCACGUGGAUCCCUCCGAAGAGGAUGGAGUCGUCUGAGAAUUUUCCGGAGCUACUUCUUCCGGCUGAGAAACCUCUGGUUUCUACUCGCUUUGGUCACCGGAAACCGGUUCGAGCUAGCCCUGAAGGCGGAAGAGCGUUGAGAGUCGCGAAACCCAAACGGCACGAGACGCUGGAGAACACGUGGAAAAUGAUAACGGAGGGACGAGCAAUGCCGUUAACGAGACACUUGAAGAAGUCGGAGACGUUCGAGAAUUACGGCCGUCAAGUAGACGUAAUUCAAGUGGACCCAUCGUUACCGAAGAAAUCAGAGACUUUCAAGGACAGGACCAAUUACCAGCCGCCACCUGUGAGCAACUCUCCUGCGUCAGGGAGGCUGAAAAAAGAGCCGUCGCUGAGUCAGGAUGAGUUGAACCGCCGAGUUGAGGCGUUCAUUAAGAAGUUCAACGAAGAGAUGAGGAUGCAGAGACAAGAGUCGUUGAAUCAUUACAAGGAAAUGGUUCUCCGUGGAAGCCAUUAAUUUUAAUUAUUCUUAAUGAAAUAGUUUUCAAAAAAGAAAAAAAAAAAAAAAAACUUUAAUGGGUUUGAUUUUACUGGAAAAAGGAAAUGUGUAUUUCUUUUUAUUUAUUUAUUCUUUUCCUGAUUAGGUAAAAAAAUGUAGGGGUUAGAAUUUGAAGCAAAAAAGGGUUGAGCUUACAUACAAAGAUAGUAUUAAAAUACUAUAGUUUUGGUUGUGCUAUGGUCGGUCUGGUGUCUGUAAAGGAAGAAACUUGUGUGUUCUUUUAUUCAUCUUUAAUGAAUGGCCAAUACAUAGUAGCAUUGUUCCUUC